AUGGCUACGCGAAGCGCUGCUCUGAAGCUUGACUGGUCCAAGGUGACCAGCUCGCUGGGCCUCCGCGGCAACACUGUCGCCUCGCUGCAGGCGUUCAAGAAGCGCAACGAGGACGCCCGCCGUAAGGUGCAGCUCCUGUCUGAGCAGGCGACCACGGUCGACUUUGCGGCCUAUCGCUCCGGCCUCAAGAACCAGGCCGUCGUUGACGAGAUUGAGAAGCGCUUCACAGCGUUCAAGCCCGCCUCGUACGACGUCAACCGCCAGCUCAAGGCUAUCAACGCUUUCGAGGUCGAGGCCGUCAAGAACGCCGAGGCUACCAAGCAGGCCGUCGAUCUCGAGCUCAAGGACCUCGCCGCCACGCUUAAGAAUAUUGAGGAGGCCCGUCCGUUUGAGGAGCUCACCGUGGACGAGGUUGCGGCGGCUGAAAGUUCCAUCGACGAGAAGGCUACCCAGCUCAUUUCCAAGGGCCGAUGGAUGGUCCCUGGUUACAAGGAGAAGUUUGGCGACCUUGCCCUCGUAUAA